GAGACUACAAAUUUGUAUGAUAGGGAUUCAAAGGAACUGCACUCUGACCAUUCGCAGCGAGUGAUAGCGAGAUUAUGGUUUUGGUGCCAGCUGAUCAUGCUAUUCAACCUCUACGAAAUAAUUGCCCGUUACAUAUUGCGGAAGAUCGUGAACAAGCGAUACAGCGACGAAGACACGGUGGACCUGUUAGGCCGCAGGUGGUUCACUCGCCUUUGGACCUUUCAAGAGCUCAUUCUCGCACAAGAUCUCAUGUUUAUGUGUGGGGACCGCUCUCUGCAUCCUGACGAGUUUCUUCGUGGCAUUAGCUACAUGAGAGACGCGAUCGUGGCAAUCGACCAGACUCUCCUUAUAGGGGUGACAACCGCCUUCUCCUCGAUUGGAGCGCCUAUCAGAGCUCGUUAGUAGCAACCUGGAGCCACUCGCCAUUAUUGAUAUCGGCUGUCCUUGCGUAUGGCUACCUCUUUGCCCUUAUCUUUUCCAUGGCACUUCCAAUGGAGCUCCUACGUAUCAAUUGGA